UGGCACAAAGGCGCAGGAGAUCUUGGAGAACAAAAACGAGGAUUCCUGAAAACUAAGUCGCAGCUUUUCCUUGAUGUCAAUUUACUUCCCUUCUCCUUACCACCAACAUGCUCAUUUGUUCUUUAUACUUUUCGAUCUACUUUGCAGUUACACUUGGCUUAACAAACCUUACAAACGCUAUCCAAGGCAAAUUCUCCCAUUCAUCCGAGCGAUACCUGGUUUCAUUCAAUCGUAACCGAUCAAACUCCUUGGAAGAAUUCAAAGCGCACCUUGAGAGCAAGGGGAUCAACCACGAAAUUUUGAUCGACUUGACAAAUCUGGUCCCCGAGGUUUUUUGUGGAGUUUCUGUGCAGAUCUUUGAGGAAGACCUCAAGCACUUGGAAAGUUUUGCUCAUGUCGAGCAAAUUAGCCGAAUCGGAAAGGUUUCGCGGCCUAGGUCAUUGCAGGAGCGUCGCUUAGAUGGACCUACAAAUUCAGCCAGCUUGCAAUAUCCCCCUCAUAUUCAGACUCGCAUCUCUAAACUGCAUGAAAUGGGCAUUGCUGGCCAAGGAGUAAAGGUAGCUUUGAUUGAUACUGGUAUUGAUUGCACCCAUCCCGCUUUUGGGAACGGUUUUGGACCAGGAUUCAAGAUAGGAUUUGGAAGAAGUUUUGUGAAUGACGAUGGCAGCCCUAUCAGCCCCAGCGAGAGUGAAGCGCCCCGAAGUCCCUGCACCCGGUGCGGCGCGCACGGCAGUUCCACGGCCGGGAUACUUGCGGCGUCAGACACUGGGUAUGGAUUUACUGGAGUGGCUCCCAGCAUCAACCUUGGAAUGUAUCGCGUUGUGGGAUGUGACGAGGAUGUCGGUGCUCAUGAUGAUGUGAUUAUAGCUGCCAUGCUGCAAGCUCAAAAAGAUGCCGCGGACAUCAUUUCGAUAUCAUUGGGCAGUGGGGGCGGCUGGGGGGAGGGAAGAGAGUUAUCAAGAGUAGCAAACAAAUUGGUUCAAGAGAAAGGCGUCAUCAUGGUUGCUUCAGCAGGGAAUAGUGGACAUAAUGGAUUAUUCAUCGGGGAAAGCAUAUCAUCAUCAAAGAACGUUAUCGCUGUUGGCUCAGUAGACUCUCAGGCUACGGUUGCUCGCAAUUUCAAAACUUCUACAGGGAAGAACCUUACACUCUACAGACCAACCGCAAUGGACCUUCCUGGCGAAUAUCUGGUCUACUUAACUUUUAAUCCAACCGAGGGCAUAAUGGAUGCUUGUAACAAACUCCCCGAGAAUACUCCAAAUCUGAAAGACUACAUUGUUUUGAUCAAGAACGCGACGAACUGUUUAUUAUUUGAUCAAACAAAAAAUGCAGUGGCCAAAGGCGCCAAACAAAUUCUUUUCUACCUGGGGGAUUCGACCACCAUUCCAGAUUUACAUACCAAGAUGUUGAAUGCAACCAUCUCUGCGAUACCAAUGGAAGAUGGAAAUUACAUUUUUGAUCAGGCCAAGAAGGACCCCGCAGGUUUCAAGGUGUCAUUUCCAUUGACUCCCUACUUUUAUGUGCGCAAUCUAGAUGGUGGUUUGCCAAGCAAAUAUUCAACAUACGGACCUAGUUUUGAUUUUGAGAGCCCCCAACCUGCUGUGGCAGGCGUUGGUGGGAUUGUAGCUACAACUUUGCCUAUCCAGUAUGGUAGCUAUGGCUUAGUAGCCGGGACAUCCAUGGCAGCUCCACAGAUUGCAGGUAUCAUUGCAUUGAUCUUGAGCGCAAGAGGCAAAGGAUUCACUGGACCAAUUAUGCGCUCGCGAUUGUCAACUAACGCUAAGGUUCUAAACAGCCCCAUUACGUCUAUGGGUCUUGACUCUGUUGUUCAUCAGGGCGGAGGUCUUAUUGACGCCUUCUGCGCUGUUUGGACAAACACCACCAUCUCAGUUCCUGGACUGGUUCUCAACGAUUCGAUAUCUUUUAAGCCGAAUCAAGGAUUUACAAUCUCAAACAAUGGCACAAGUUUUGUUGAUUAUGUUUUAAGCCACCGUCCAGCUGUCACGCUCCAAACAUUCUCCCCAGAUUCCAAGUAUGGUCGACCGGAUCUCAAGCCCACCCCAUCAAAUUUAUCAGCAACUGCUGAGAUAUACCCCCGGCAAUUCCGGCUGUCACCGGGCUCAUCUCAAUCAAUCGAAGUGAAGUUUUUGCCACCUGAAAGCUUGGAUCCUCGUUGGCUUGCAGUUUAUUCAGGUUACAUUGUGAUGGAUUCCAAUGUUGAGUGUGAAAGUCAUAAUCUUCCAUACUACGGUGUGGCUGGAUCUCUCAAAGAACAAUCAGUUAUUGACCGGGGUCCCAAUCAAGGGAACUUAACCAACUAUCCCUACCUCACAUUCAAAGCAUCUGAUUCAGGUCUACACGGAAAUAAUACAACUUUGUCUGUUGGAAAACUGACCCCGCUGAAUGGUGCCUUUGUUUGGAACUUGAAGGAACACAACAGCACUUUUUUGAACUUCAGACUGCUGUUUGGAUCACCUCUUUUGAGGUUCGAUGUCUUACCUGGAAACACAAUCCUAUCAAACGAUAUGGAUGACAUGGAUGUUGAGCGGUCUUUUAGAGGUACGCGCUUGGUUGGUACCAUUCCGGUUGAAGGUCCCAAUGAAAAUAUAUGCUGGGGACGUUCGAGCUAUGAUCACGAAUCUAGAUCUUGGAAUGGUACAAUUAUAACCCAAGAUAAAACGACAGCACAGCUCCUACCAAAUGGAAAUUACAGACUUCUUUUCAGGGCUUUGCGUGUAACGGGCACCAAAGAAAACCCAGAUGAUUAUGAUCACUGGAUAUCUCCAGAGUUCAAGUUCAUAAACUCUCAAGGAUAGACACACAACCUCAUGGCAGCUGUUUUUUUCACUUCUCCUUUCAAGAUACCUGCUAGCAACUAUGUCAUUUGAAAAGGCAGUUUUUUGGGUUGGAAUCUAUUGUUUUUGAUCUACAAUUAAUGUUGAUACCAGUUGUUUAAUUUGAACUUUAUAAAAUCAAAAACUCCAACUUCAAUCAUACAACUUGCUUAUUUGUGGAAAACUAAAAUGAAUUUCAAGUUUUUGUUUGUAUUUGAGAUUG